AUGUCCAGAACUAAUGGUGCCCUGCCAGCCUCAAAUGAGAGGCAAGCUGAGACGGAGAUGUCCGGGGGAGGGGGAGGAGGGGCUGGGGCAGAAGCUCAUGAGAGGCGGCAGCCCAUUAGCCCUGACACGCUGUCCAAUGGGGACAAGCAAAUCUGGUCCCUACUGGGCAAGCCCAUCAGCGCAGGGCUGCUGCGAGCAUCCGCCAAGAGGAACCGCUCGGGCCACAGGACACAAGGGGAAUUGGCGUUCAACUUUGCAGGGCCGACGGGCCGGCGGCCAGAGGAGGCGGCUGGCACCGGGGCGCGGCGGCCCCUCUCCCUCGCCGCCCGCCCGCCCGCCCCCUCCCUCCCUGCGCUCGCUCGGCACAGACUCGGCCCCAGCCCCGCCCCUCCCGCUCGCUCCUCGCUCCUCGCUCGCUCGCUCGCCGGCUCCUCCUCACUCGCCCGCCCGCGCCCGGCGCAGCUCGGCCAGAGCGAUCGCGGGCUGAGCGCGCGUCCGCCCGGGGGGCUCCGGCGGCUGCCCUGGCCCGCGGCCCCUCCCUCGCUCCCGCCUUCCCCUCCUCGCGCGCUGCCUCCCUCCUUCCCCGGCUCCCGCGCCGUCCGCCCGCCGCGCAGCCCCCGGCUCCGCGCCCCCCGCAGCCACGAUGCCCGCGGCCCGGCCGCCCGCCGCGGGACUCGGCGGCAUCUCGCUGCUCCUCGCUCUGCUCCUGGGGAGCCCCGCGGCAGCUCUGGCGGGAGGGACUGGGUCCCUGGACCGAUCCCAAGCAAGUGUCUGGAAGCCGAACUGGGUGUGGCUUUCGCCUUGAGGCCAGUGGAGGGGGCUCAGAACUUGGCGGAGGAGGGAGAGAUAGACGGGCUGAGCCAGGGACGUGUUCACGCUGAGGAUUCAACUCUCAGCUUGGCCAAGGAGAAGUCGCUAGAGUUUGGGGCAUUUGAAGAAUCCACAAAAAGCUGUUGUGGCCAGAAUGAGCCACCCGAGGGAGACGCUAGCCCUUCAGGGACUAACCUUCUGCCCUCAGGAGCCCUGGGGAGCAGCAGUCUGAGCAAAGAGAGCCCAGAGGAGAGAAUGACAGUGGCCCCUCCGAAUCCAGCGCAGUCAGGAGAAGAGCUUCAGGAGCCGGAGCUGGAGGGGACAGCCCCCUCUGUGCAUCAAGACCCCACCGCCCUGUCCACGCUGCUCCCUGAGGAGGCCGGCCCCAAGCAGGCCUUUCCCCCCAGGAAGAAGCUGCCAUCACUCAAGCAGGUGAACUCGGCUAGGAAACAGCUGAGGCCGAAGGCCACCUCCGCAGCAGCCCUCCAGAGGGCAGGGUCCCAGCCAGCAUCCCCGGGCCUGGGUGUCCCCUCCUCCGCCACGGAGAAGCCCCGACCCCCGAGGGACCCGGACCCAGUGGCCUCGGAGGAGACCCGCCGGCUUUCGGAGGAGGAGCCCCUCUGGCUAGACAGGAGGGAAGGUGCGGCCCCCACGACGCCCGCGCCCCUGCAGAUCUCCCCGUUCACCUUGCAGCCCUUUGUGGCCCAGACGCUCCCCCAGAAGCCCAACCUUGGGGAGCCCGCCGCGCCCGAGGAGGCCCAAGAGGCUCCACCUGAGGACGCCAGUCCCAUGACCUUGAUGGACAAAGGCGAGAACGAGCUGACCGGGUCAGCCUCAGAGGAGAGCCAGGAGACCACGACGUCCACCAUUAUUACCACCACGGUCAUCACAACGGAGCAGGCCCCAGCUCUCUGCGGUGUGAGCUUCUCCGACCCUGAAGGGUACAUCGACUCUGGUGACUACCCACCGCUGCCCCUCAACAACUUCCUGGAGUGCACGUACAAUGUGACAGUCUACACUGGCUACGGGGUGGAGCUCCAGGUGAAGAGUGUGAACCUGUCCGAGGGGGAGCUGCUCUCCAUCCGUGGGGUGGACGGCCCCACCCUGACCGUCCUGGCUAACCAGACCCUCCUGGUAGAGGGGCAGGUAAUCCGAAGCCCCACCAACACCAUCUCCGUCUACUUCCGGACCUUCCAGGACGACUGCCUGGGGACCUUCCAGCUGCACUACCAGGCCUUCAUGCUGAGCUGCAACUUUCCCCGCCGGCCCGACUAUGGGGACGUCACAGUGAUGGACCUGCACUCAGGCGGGGUGGCCCACUUCCACUGCCACCUGGGCUAUGAGCUCCAGGGUGCCAAGACACUGACGUGCAUCAACGCCUCCAAGCCCCACUGGAGCAGCCAGGAGCCCAUCUGCUCAGCCCCUUGUGGAGGAGCUGUGCACAACGCCACCAUUGGCCGUGUCCUCUCCCCAAGUUACCCUGGAAACACCAAUGGUAGCCAGUUCUGUGUGUGGACAAUUGAAGCUCCAGAGGGCCAGAAGCUGCAUCUACACUUUGAGAGGCUGUCGCUGCAUGAGAAGGACAGGAUGAUGGUCUACAGUGGGAUGACCAACAAGUCCGCCCUUCUCUAUGACUCCCUCCAAACUGAGAGCGUCCCCUUUGAGGGCCUGCUGAGCGAAGGCCACUGCAUCCGCAUCGAGUUCACGUGGGACCACCCGCAGGUGGCCUCAGCCUUCAACAUCCGGUUCGAGGCCUUUGAGAAAGGCCACUGCUACGAGCCCUACAUUCAGAAUGGGAAUUUCACCACAUCUGACCCCACGUAUAACAUCGGGACCAUAGUGGAGUUCACCUGCGACCCCGGCCACUCUCUGGAGCAGGGCCCGGCCAUCAUCGAGUGCAUCAACGUGCGGGACCCCUACUGGAAUGACACGGAGCCAUUGUGCAGAGCCGUAUGUGGUGGGGAGCUCUCUGCCGUGGCCGGGGUGGUGCUGUCUCCCAACUGGCCAGAGCCCUAUGUGGAAGGUGAAGAUUGUGUCUGGAAGAUCCACGUAGGGGAGGAGAAACGGAUCUUCCUAGAUAUCCAGUUCCUGAACCUGAGCAACAGCGACAUCCUGACCAUCUAUGACGGCGAUGAGGUCAUGCCCCAUAUCUUGGGGCAGUACCUUGGGAACAGUGGCCCCCAGAAGCUGUACUCGUCCACGCCGGACCUAACCAUCCAGUUCCACUCGGAUCCUGCUGGCCUCAUCUUUGGGAAGGGCCAGGGAUUUAUCAUGAACUACGUUGAGGUAUCAAGGAACGACUCCUGCUCAGAUUUGCCCGAGAUCCAGAACGGCUGGAAAACCACGUCCCACACGGAGCUUGUGAGGGGAGCCAGAAUCACAUACCAGUGUGACCCCGGCUAUGACAUCGUGGGGAGCGACACCCUCACCUGCCAGUGGGACCUCAGCUGGAGCAGCGACCCCCCAUUUUGUGAGAAAAUUAUGUACUGCACCGACCCUGGAGAAGUGGACCACUCGACCCGCCUAAUCUCGGACCCUGUCCUGCUGGUGGGCACCACCAUCCAGUAUACCUGCAACCCCGGCUUUGUGCUUGAAGGCAGCUCUCUGCUGACCUGCUACAGCCGCGAAACUGGCACUCCCAUCUGGACCUCUCGCCUGCCCCACUGUGUCUCGGAGGAGUCCCUGGCGUGUGACAACCCAGGGUUACCUGAAAAUGGGUACCAAAUUCUGUACAAGAGACUGUACCUGCCCGGAGAGUCCCUCACCUUCAUGUGCUACGAGGGCUUCGAGCUCAUGGGCGAAGUGACCAUUCGAUGCAUCCUGGGGCAGCCAUCCCACUGGAACGGACCGCUGCCUGUUUGUAAAGUUAAUCAAGACAGCUUUGAACACGCUUUAGAAGCAGAAGCGGCAGCCGAGACGUCUCUGGAAGGGGGAAACAUGGCGCUGGCUAUCUUCAUCCCCGUCCUCAUCAUCUCCUUACUGCUGGGAGGAGCCUACAUUUACAUCACCAGAUGUCGCUAUUACUCCAACCUCCGCCUGCCCCUGAUGUACUCCCACCCCUACAGCCAGAUCACCGUGGAAACCGAGUUUGACAACCCCAUUUACGAGACAGGGGAGACCAGAGAGUACGAAGUUUCCAUCUAA